ACGUCACACAACAUAUUCAUGAUGACAACUAAUUAAAAUAAAUUAUAAUACUCAUAAUAAUUAGCAUGUAAUUAAAAAAUUAAAACAGUUAUGAUAUCCAUGGUCCUUGAAGCUGUAAUUUAUAUUAUUCAGACAUCUUUAAUGCUCAAAUUAAAAUACCCUGACAAUGUUUCCAAUUCAACCAAAAUUUCGUAAGCUAGAGAUGCUAAUUAAAAAUGAACUUCCAACACCAAGUGAAAUAAAUAAGUAUCAUGGAGAAUUAUUAUCAAAUGUCAUAUGUAAUUUUGGUAAUCCAGAUACUAAAAAAUUUUUGGGAAUUGAACCACCAAUGAAAGGACCAGGUGAUAAUUUAUGGAUAUCACCAAACGAUCAACUUAUUGAUAAUGUUAAAUUGACACCUAUCAUAAGUGAUUCCAAUGUCAAAGCUUUUACUCACGAUUCAAUUUUAAGCAAAAAUUGGCCAAAUGACAAUGACAAAAUAUGA